AUGUCUCCCAAUUUUGCCAACCCUUCGCCGUCUUCCUCGCCCUCUCUCUCUCAUUCCCAAUCUCCUUCACCAUCUCCCUCAACCAAGCCAACUCCCCUCAACAUCCUCCUGGACCCAGAGGAUGCUGUUCUCUACCAGGACUGGCUUGAUGAUGAAGAAUUCAAUCACCGCAAGUUUGUGGCCGCACAUAGGCGGCGCGAGAUCCCGGCUGCAUGUGAAUACAUGGAGUUUACUGAGUGGAAAACACAUCAAGCUUCUGGGUUCACAGACACCAGAAGAGAGCCAUCUGGUUCGUCAACCUUUCUUGACUCCACAUCUUCCUCCGAUAUGGAGGACGUUCAGGCCUCGAUGGAUCCCGACGGCGGCCAACAAUCUCCAGAAGAGAGCAAGGAAGAAGAGAGAAUCAUAUCGCGGGGAAGAAAAUGUGGUCACUCUUUCUUCCGACUACCCGAGCGCGGGCUCGACGACCCGAUGGCAGAUCCGCCGUCCCCUGCCAACAACGACUUUGAGAACGUCGGCACCACUCACAUACACGAUCCCGACGUCAUCAAUUACUGCCCCCUAUGUAUCACCCACGCCCAUCUCUCGCUGGUCACUGCACUACUACAGACCUGGGUUAACUGUGGCGGACCCUGGCGUAAGUCUAACCGCGAGACCGAUCCACAGACAAAAUGGUACUAUGCUGCCUCAAAGCAAUUCCGACAGGCCAGGACCAAGCUCGCCAACAUAAUCGAGCGGUACGAUCGAGAGGCGGCCGAAAUGGAUGGUGACGACGGAGGUUACGGCGCGAAGGCGGCCAUGAAAGCAUUCAUCGAGAGGUGGCAAGCUCCCUGCAUGCUCGCUGUCACCUACGGCGAAGAAGGAGACGUCGUCAGCGGAUGGAGUGAAAUCCUGCCGCUUCCUCCCUCUACACAAAAGAAGAAGACCGUGACAUUUUCGGUCCCGACCACGGAGCGGGAUCGAGAACAGAACAAAUUCAGUACAUUCUGGCGCCACUCGAGGCAUUAUGACCCCGAGAUAUCGAUCUAUGCUUGCCCGGAGGACUCAGAAUCCUGGCAGGAUACGUCUUUCAAACACGACCACUACUUCACAAUUGCGCAAUCGAGGAUCCUCCUGCUGAAGUUGGACGAUGAUACUGGGGAUUAUGAGUAUCAAGACAUCAAUAAAGCUGAGAGUUUUGGCAAUAACCUCGCGGUCUGGAGGUUGCAGAUGCUGGUUUCGGACACGUUGGCCACUAUGACGCUAGAAGAACGGUCGGACAUGGCCACGACUAUCGCGUCCUCAAGCCUUUAUUGGCUCGUCUGGAAAGAGAACGAAGGAGAAACGAUGGGGUUCGACGAUUACAUGGCCCUGGAGACUCUGGCUGGGUCACUUGUUCAAAAACAUGCUAUCGCAGUAGGGGACCUAGAUCCAGAGGAUGCGAAACCGGUUGUGGAGGUGAGCGAUAUAACACUCGGCCUUUCAGAUACCGCUAGCAGUUAUAGUGGUAGCCCAUACAGCGACAUGAGCGACACGGAGGAGGAUUCCAGGGAAGAGGAUUCAACGAAAGAUGAAACCACAGAGGAUGCUGAGAGUGCUACUUACGAUCAAGAGUCAGGAGGGAUUAUGAUCGAUGACGACGAAACCGCCUAGAGUUGAAGAGAUGGCGGUUGGAAGGUUGGUUUAUGCAAGUUGCCAUCGUCAUGGUCGAUUCUUGCACAAUACUUUGUCUUUUCGUCUUUUGGCCGAUCUUACCACUCAGCCUGCUGCUUCGAACUGAAGCGCCACGUGGUUCUAUUUAAAUUUGUAUAACGCUUCUUUGGAAGAUUCUGAAUCAAC